ACAGUCUCUACACACCUUUUUCCAUGGAGUAAUUAAGGCCUGCCCCGGAGUGAGAGAGCACUCCCUGCCCAGCUGUGUAAGGGAGAGCUGACAGCAUUACCACCACUACCACCAUUACCACUAAGCAUGAAGCUCCUGGGGAUUGCCGCCUUCUUCUUAGCUGUACUCUGUGUUUGCACUGUGGGAGAAGAUGGCCUUACAACCCCUACUGUCAGUGCAACUGUUCCUACAUCAGGAUCAAAAUCCGUAACAGAAUCCAUGAAGGCAUCAAUUUCACAAGUAACACCAUCGCAAGCAUCAGUGCCAACAACAACAACUGCAGUUGGAGCUGCAACUGAAUCCAUCACAAACACAUCCAUGUCUUCUUUGCCUAAUGCUACACAAGGUAUAACACAAGGUACAACAACACAAGCAGUGGUAAAAGUGACAACGACAGCAACAGAUGAAAGUUUCAGCACAACAAACACGACACAAGCAAGUGCAACAGAGUUGCCACAAAAUGGGAGUUCAGAUGCUUCAUCUACCAAGGGAACAUCUUUUUCUUCUACAGUCUCUCCAGAAACAAACACUUCUGCUUCUGGAUCCUCAGGCCUUCCCGGGAGCUCUCCAACAGAAUCAACAACUUCUGGCAGUCGUGGAAGCAGUCCUGGAGAAGAUAAUAAAGGGACGGGGAGUGAUGUCCGCUAUUCUAGUAUUAUCUUGCCAAUUGUCAUCACCCUGAUAGUCAUUACCCUCUCUGUCUUCUCACUGGUGGCUUUGUACAAAAUGUGCCAGAAGAAAACUCCAGAGAGACAAGAGAAUGGCGCUGAACAGGCCCAAUCAGACAAAGAUGGAGUCAAACUUCUUUCUGUGAAGACAACUUCUCCUGAGACUGUUUUUGUAGAAGCACGUGAUAUAUAUGAGGUUGGCUUCUCACUGCCCUCUGCCAAUCUAUCUGAGCCCACAACUCCUCCUCCAUCAGGAGAGGUGCCACAAGGCAGGACCACAGAAGAGAACUCAUCUCAGGGGAAGAAUAAAACUCGGCAACUCUUCACAUCUCAGUAAUAAAUACAUGUGAAGCAGCCUGUUUUAUCACAGCGUGCAGGAACAUACCACCAAAAUUGCAGUUCUGUGGGAAAUGUGGACCAGCUGAAGCUUUUUACCAGACAGGACACUUGUGUUAAUGACCAACUCUUGACUUCUCAAGUCCCUUCUGGAAUAUGUAAUUUUUUGAAGGCUUAAUAACUGGUAUAUCAUAUGUAUUUAUUAUUUUCACAUAUAGUAAAAGCAGCGAAACAAGGUUGAUGAGAAUGUAAAAAUCAGGUGGUUUACAUAGUACUUACUAAAAAUGUUUUCUGCACAUACAGGGAGGAAUAUGUCAGCAUACUUUGUUGAAAUUAUAGUAGCAAGGUUUUUUUAAUUGUAUGUAGCAAAAUACAAGCAGGGCCUGACCCUUGAAACAGUACUGGGCAAAUAGCCACUAUGAAAAUUAAUUCAGUGAUUUCCAUGAGACUCCUCACUGUAGCACAUGCUUUGCUUGUCAUAAAUGUUUACAGGGUGGGAUGCCCAGGUGGAAUUCUGAAGUGUGUGUGCUUUUUUCUAGUAAGAGGGGAACAUACCUUGCACUGAGGCUCUUUGAAGUUCUGUAAAUUACUGAAUAUGAUCCUUGUAAUGUAACAGGCAACAUAGUUUAUUUUCACCUGUUCCUUGGCUAAUUGCAUUACGUGUGCUACAAAUAUGACUUCUGUAUAGCCUGGGGCACACAGUGGGAAUCAGCAAGAUAAGCAAUUUUACAGAUGAACCUUCUUCCUUGUGUUCUGAGUAAUGUGUGGGAUUCCUUUAGGUUAUUGAAUAACUCUGGAAGUUUAAGGAGUGUUUCAAGUGCUAAUUACAGACACUCUUAAUUUGUACAGAGCUGACAAUUUCAAAGUAUCAAGUAGUGCUUGUACCUGCAUGUAUCCUACUUUUCUAGAACUAUAAAUGUUUGAAAAUUAUAUUACUGUGAGCAUCUGCUCAGUCUGAAUUCCCCGAUUCUUGUUAGUGUUCCAAGAACUUCCACUGUUUUAUUGGGGAAUGGAAAGAAGACAACUGGUGGCCUAAG